AUAAUAUAUAAUAUUGUUUUUAUAUUCUGACAUGUCAAGCACUUGGAACUGCAUUAUUCAAGCCUAGUCAAGUCAGUUUCAGUUGUAUUGUGCCAUACAAAACUGCUUAAAUGGCCUAAUAUUAUUAUUAUGUCACUUAAAGUGUAUUACACUUGUGGAGUGAAGUUAUUUUAUUUUUUCAGUUUAUUCAGUCUACCUUAUUGUCUGGCAGAUGAUUAUGUGUGAAUUGACUUUUACAACGUUAUCUAAUAAAGUUUAUGAUAGGUCAGUGUCUAAAUCGUCAUUCACUGUGCUUAUUUACUUCAUUUUGUGUUUGUGUCAACAUAGGAACAGUCACCCAAUAGUUAAUAAUUUUAGAAGAGUAAAGGGAUUAACAAAACUGAGGCAUUUCAAGAAUUUUUUUCACUUCUUAAAGAUCAAAGGUCCCUUAUCCACCACAUGAGGUCGACACAAUAACUUUUUAAACUGAAGGUAGGCUACAUAAUAUGCAAAAGAGAGAGAGGUAUGUGCUAUAAAUCUUAAUCCAAUAAAUGUAUAUAUAUAAAUAUUUUGAGAAACACUUUUAAAAGACAUCAAAACAGACAUGAACAAACUUUAAAUGAAUCCAGUGAAGUAGCCUAUGAUGAGAAUUGGCUGUAGAGAGCAGAAGUAGUGAGCGAGUCGUCGCUUGAGUGCGCAGGUGGAUGAUGAAUGUUUGCGCACAAUAGCGCGUCUGUGUCGGCCGCAGGUAUCUGCUGCCAGUGCUGUCGCUGGACUCAGGUACUGUAACACGAUACUCAACCAUGUGACCAACGACGACUGUUUAGGAAGAAGAAACCCCUUUGAACGGCUCGAGCGAUCACUCAACGCAUCAGUAAAUACCAGAAGACUGUCUUUGGAAGAAGGUCGUAACGGAUAAUGGUUUAUACUAUGCGCGUUAUGAAUAAGAGAGUACGUGUUGCGCAUUGGCUUGGGUUGAGAUAGUGACUAACACCGGUAAGGUGAGGCGGAAGCAACCUGUGACCGCAUAGUCACUGGAUCUGUUUAUGAAUUCACAUAAACUAUUCGGAUAACAUCGUGGAUUGAAGGUUGGCUAAAGCUCGCCAGAUACGACCGUUCUACUCUUUUGAUCUCGGACAUGAUUUAUUGACCCCUGACUCCACCCUACCCAGAACAUCAGGCUCCUCUGGUUGAGGGUAGGGGUACAGAGAUGAUACGGCAGGUUGGGCUAUUGGCAGCGAUUUUUCUACUGCUGCUUCCCAGGAAUGUGUUGGGCCAGGGAGAGAGUAACACAAUGUCUACUAACACUACAACUACAACUACAACUACAGCUCCCAGCUCACACCAUAUUGUGGCCAUUGUAGUGCCGACUGUGGUCCUGGGACUUCUGGCUAUUUUGACGGGUGGGCUGUUGUUUCUCUUCUUCGUGGUGAGGAAGAAACGACAGACGGAGGGGACGUAUCAACCCAGCGCUGAGGAGCAGUCAGGAGCCCGCAGUGUGGAGAUACCAAACGCCCUCAAAUUACCCAAAGAAGAGAGACUGAUAUGAAUGGGUUCUGGUUCAUGAUCGCACUGAUAAUAUGAACCUAUUCAAAACGAUGAAAGAGAAAAAAUUAACUAAGCACCUUUACUGAGACACAGGGUCAGGAUUUAACCCUGUGUUAUGGAUAAACCAACUAACUAUGACCACUCGGAUGAAAUCCAUAAUCAGCAGAAAGCAACCCAAUUUACAAUGCAUAUUAAUGUCCGACCGAAACAAAAACUGAAAAGAUGAAGCUGCUACAUGCAUUGCGUGGAAAAGACUACACAUGCUUGAAGGAAUUGCAUUUCUCUCAAAAUGGACUUUGGAUAAUAGGAUAAAUGACUUUUGUUGACAGAUCUGCUUGUACUGUUCUCAAGCACUGACAUUUCAUUCUGGUUUCACAGGAGUUUUUGAAAAGAUGCAAAUUAGGGGUGCACCGAUAGAUGCUUGCUAUGCUUCUCAAUGAAUUACGGUGAAAUGCCGCUACAUCCAAAAGCCAGAGGGCGCUCUCGUGCAGAAACUCAAUAUGGGCUGCAGACGAAGAACCAGAUACACGCAGCUCCAGGAAAUGGCUUAAGGAUAUAUUUAUAUUGCUGUAUUUCAAACCCUUUCAUGUAUUUUCAUGAUAAUAAAUUAUAUGUAUAAU